AAAACAGAUUUUGUCAGGCUAUGAAUAGUCCCACGUCGGACGCAGAUAGGUCGGGAUCGUCGCCGACGGUGGGGGAGUGGCUGUGCGGUGCUUUCAUUCCAUUGAUCGCCAUUGUGGAGGCCCUCGUCUUCACCUUCACCGAAUGCUUCGAGAUCCGCCGUUCCGGCAACCGCCGCCGCCGUGAUUUUUGCCCCAGUGACCUUGCUCGCUUGGCCUCUGAGUCUCGAUGCUUCUCGGUGAACGAGGUGGAGGCGCUUUAUGAGCUCUUCAAGAAGCUGAGCAGCUCCAUCAUUGAUGAUGGCUUUAUCCACAAGGAAGAGUUGCAACUGGCGUUGUUCAAGUCUCGUGUAGACGAGAACCUGUUUCUUGAUAGGGUUUUUGAUCUUUUUGACGAGAAGAAAAACGGGGUUAUUGAAUUUGACGAAUUUAUCCAUGCACUUGCUGUUUUCCAUCCGCAGGCCCCUUUGGAGGACAAAAUCGAUUUUGCAUUCAGGUUGUAUGAUUUGAGACAAACUGGGUUCAUUGAGCGUGAUGAAGUUAAGCAAAUGGUGGUGGCUAUUUUAUUGGAGUCGGACAUGAAGCUACCUGAUGAUCUAGUUGAAGACAUUAUCGAUAAAACUUUUGCAGAUGCUGAUGCAGAUCGGGAUGGUAGAAUCAACAAAGAGGAGUGGAGCGACUUUGUUAUUCGACAUCCAUCUCUUUUGAAGAAUAUGACUUUACCAUAUCUCAAGGGCAUUACAACGGUUUUCCCAAGUUUCAUUUUCAAUACUGAGGUUGAAGAUUGAAAUGACGUCGACCAAGGUCUCUAGUAGGAGUUAUGACUGGUUGGCAACCUUGUUGAUGCUCUAGGGAAAGCAGUAGCGGCAAAGUUAGUACUUCCAGUAGCUGCUGAUAUGAUCAAACUCUGGUGAUCAGACAGCUUAGAUUUAAUUUCUUGUUUCCUCGACUCGUCUCAAAAGUAGCAAUAUCCCUUGAUAUUUGUGAAUGUACAUAAUGUUAAAGUAACUAAUAGUCCUACUACAUUAGUUAAUUUGAAAAUUAUGUUGAGAGUAUCCAUUGAUAGGUUUUUCGUUCUGUUAGCUUAAGUUAUUUGAGUUGAAUCAGACAUAAAUAAUAUGUUUAGUUUGCAUCUAACUUAAGUUUUAUAUCUACCAUUAAA